AUGCAUCCUCUAUUUCAAAGGUACUUUGGACAGAGUUUAGCCAAUGAAGACUCAAAGCAAAACCUCCCUGCAAACCCCAAUUCCAAGAGCCCACAGCGCAAUCCAAAUGCGGGACCGAACUUUUCGCAGCCUACAAGAGUCCAUCCUAGAUCAGAAUAUCUGUCUAAUCAGGUUCAUCCUAUGAUAGAAAAUGGCUGGAAUGGAGGUCAACCAAUGGAAUUUAAUGACUCGAAGCCAUACUAUUCGAACCUAGAAAGCCAAUAUCUAGGCACAAAUUCACCUGUUACUAUCGAAAAGAACGGACCGAGUUCUCAGCAAGGACCUGAAGCUCUCAAAGAUCAAUCAAAAUUCAAUGCUCGAUUCCAACAACUUGACGUAAAUUCUAGUCAAUUUUCGCCUCAAGCCACAACAGCCAAUGCUCCGACACCAUACCAACUACAUCAAUGGGUCAAUGGAAGUUUAAACACAUUUGUCCCCAUUGCAGUAAAUGACUUGAAUCCUCAGCGGGCGCAGGGAGAGUUCGAUAAUGGACUGGGAUUCAGUCAUUUAGACUUCAAUCUUGUCUAUACCCCACAAUGCACAAUACCACUAUCUGAGCUGCAUGUUCAGUUGACUUCAAUUGCCCGUGAGAUCAAGCUAAGAAAUGUGGAGAGUAUAAAUGCAGCUUCAGAACAUAUGAAACCUCAGGGAAACGAAGAAUUCUUUAUGCUCUAUCUUGUUGUUUUAGGGCAGUAUAUCCUACAAGGUGGGUCCGCUUGGUAUACCAACCUUCCUCCUCCAGCCCCCAAAUUGCUCAUGUCACCCCGGGCCACAAAAUCACUUUCUUCGAGUCCUAUCCCAUUUAAGCUGGAAAAAGUCAAGAGAGAGAGCAAAACAAAUGAUAGAGUUGAUGAAAACAAAUGCGCUCCUAAGAAAGUAAAUCCAAUUGACACUACAAACUGGGACACUGUUCUUCGUGAUCCGGUCUUCUUUGAGCUCGAAGACGUAGAUCAUUCUGUUCCUCUGGACUCUGAAGGUAUUCUCCUUGAACCAGAAUAUUUUGAGAUCUAUUCGGAGUACUCUACUAGUUCUUCAAUACAUGAUGGAGGUUUUUUUUCUUCGUCUCCUUCCCCAGGGCCUGGAAACUCGAAUACUCUUCUCUCAACAUCCUCCAUGCGAGUCCGCCCUCUUUCACCUUGUGCACCGGUAUUUGUCCCCGCCAGCGAAAGUAACCAAACAGUUUCAAGUGUUGAUGGCGAUCAUGAACCACUGGAGUCUCCAGACAAUAAAGUCUUAUCAAAGAGUCAUUCUGAACCAACAAAAGCUAGAACUCCACGUGUAAAGUCUGUUUCAUUUGUGGAUGAGAAGAUGCUUACAGACCCUUUUAUCACCAAUAACUCAUCAAAUACAACCACUCCAUCCGUUGGCUCCCUUCAGCGAACUCGAUCUUACUUAUCGACUCCGCCAACUCCUAUUAGUCCUUUCCUUCAAGCUAGCCCAUCCGCUUUUGGCAGUCCAUCCCCUAGAGAACUAUUUGUUGCUCAAGGACCAUUACAAAUCCCUGGUAACAUCUGUUUCAUCCGUACGAAUCCUGGCUCAGGAAUAAGGGUCUGUGUCUUUCCAGAAAAUACCUGGGUUGAUCUUCCCCAGAUAGGGAUUCACCACUGUAAUGAAGAUUUACCAGAAAUACAUUAUGUGAUGGGUUCUGCAAGCUGGUUCUACACACAAAAUUGGGUUCCGAUAUUAUAUCAAGAGAUUCUUACUUAUAAUUCAUUGAAAAGGUUUGAGGAACUUAGAACGGCGCCAACGCAGUCUGCACCCGAACCAUACACUAUACCAACUGGAUAUGUAGACAUGUACGGAAGACCGACCUUUUUUCAAGCAUGUAACUCUAGGCCUGAAUCUAAAGCAGUAUCGUGCCCUAGUGGCGACGACUUGGGUGUCAACUGGAAUGCGACACUAGCCGAAAGAAUGAGGAUUAGAUUAACCAAGGUAAGACAAAUGUGGGAAGAAUGGCAAGAAGGAGCUCGGGAUGUAAGAUUCCUUUGGCAUCUUUGGAAGCGAUGGGGCCGGAUAAAGGGAUGGACAGAGAAAAAAAAUGGAUGCGGGGAUAAUGCAAAGGCAGAAGAGAUGGAUAUGACGGAUCAUUAUCAAUUGAUGAUGAUAGUGAUGUUCACGUCUAGACAAGGAUUUGACACCAAACAAAUUAGCUUUGAGGACAAGAAGAAUAUUUUGGAUGGAAGAUCGAUUGAGCAAUUUAACAAGGAUUGGGAAGAGAGACAAAGAAAAUUUGGCAGUUCGAAUUGGUUGGAAUGA